AUGCAACGCGAACGAACCGCCACCAUAAUGGUGCAGAACAAUGAGUGUUCUAAUGGUUUGCAGGUGCGAGACAAAAGGACCGGCGAGUGCGUGUGCAAGAACCCGGCAUGGCAGCUGAUUUGGCUCAACGGGAAGUCCACAUGCAAGCCCCCCUGUGAAGAAUCGUGGGGGCUGGUCCGCGACUGGAAAACCGGAGGUUGUAUAUGCAGCGAUCCUUCAUGGAAGUUGAUACAGCACAAGGGAAACUCAAUCUGCAAACCACCCUGCCCAGCAGCAUGGGGACUGGCCCGAGAUCAAGACACGGGCGAUUGCGUCUGCCAAGAUCCAUCUUGGAAGUUUAUAUGGGUAGAUGGGAAGCGCAUGUGUGCGACGCCUUGUGACGAGAAGCUGGGACUGGCACACGACCCACGAACUGGAAAGUGCAUAUGCCAGAACCGUUUGUGGGAGCUGCUGUGGAUUCAAGGCAAGCCAAAGUGCCAGCCUCCAUGUGACAAAUCCAGGGGACUGAUUAGAGAUGAUGACUCAGGAGAAUGCGAGUGCAGUGACGACACCUGGCAAUUGAUCUGGCUGGAUGGACAGCAGGUCUGCAAGCCUCCAUGCGAUGCGAAGUGGGGACUGGUACGGAACAAGGGCACUGGCGAGUGCCAAUGUAGCAACCCAACGUGGCAGCUUGUCUGGCUUGGUGGCCGCCAAAUCUGCAAACCACCAUGUGAUGCAAAGUGGGGGCUGGUGCGCGACAAGACCACUGGCGAUUGCAAGUGCACAAACUCUGCUUGGGAGUUGCUGUGGAUAGGGGGCCGCCAGGUCUGCAAGCCUCCAUGCGAUGCAAAGUGGGGAUUGGUGCGGGACAAGGCCAGUGGAGAAUGCAAAUGCACAGAUCCUGCCUGGCAGCUGCUCUCACUUCAGGGCCGCCAGAUCUGCAAGCCUCCGUGUGACGCGAAGUGGGGACUGGUGCGCGACAAAGCCACUGGAGAUUGCAAGUGCAGCAGUCCCACAUGGGAGCUGAUACGGAUCAAAGGCAACCCCAUCUGCAAGCCUCCAUGCAAAGCGGCAUGGGGAGAGGUGCGAGAUUGGACAACGGGAGAAUGUGUGGAUGGGUCAGAUUCCUCUGGAUCUGAAGAAAGUGAAGGAGAUGGAUCAUCCGAGAGCGAAGACUGUGGGUGGCUUAACACACCCUGCUGCGCUGGGAAAAAAUGUGACAACGGUCUUAUAUGCAAGCUGCAGCACGGCAGGCACAAGUGUGUCAAAGAUAUUGGUUUACCUGAAACCAAAUGCCCAGAGGGACAAUAUCUCAACAGACUGCGGAGAUGCAUGGCGUGCGACCCCAACUGUGACAAGGGCUCUGGGUCGUGCCAAGAUUUCAAGGGGUGCACAUUGUGCAAGGAGGGACAUAAGGCAGAUGCCUGGGGAAAGUGCCAAGUGGAAUGCCCCGAUGGCCAAUAUCUGCUGUCUGGAAAGUGUGUCCCGAAAGGCGACUGCGGAAUAGCGAAAUACAAGCAUGGUAGUGAAAGCUCCUGGACGUGCAAGACCUGUGACCGACGCUGCCUUCCUGGGCAGUGCGUAGACUACAAGAACUGCCAGAAAUGCUCGGAAGGAUAUGGGGCUACACCAAAGGGAAACUGUGUCCGAAGAUGCAACUUUUUUGGAUCUGAGGAGAUUGUUGACGGCGUCUGCGAAUGCAAAAAUGAACUUGUCAGGAAUGAUCAGGGCAAAUGUGAAUGCCCUGCUAAUCAUGUUCAGAAAUGGGGAAAAUGCACCCCUUGCGGUGAAGGACAAGUUGUGAAAAACAACAAGUGCCAAUGUGACACAAGCAAAAACCUAGUUUGGAAGAAUGGCAAGUGCCAAUGCCUCUGGGGGCAUCACUGGGAUGCUGCAACUGGCAGUUGCAUCAAAUGCGGACCUUCAAUGGAGUUUCGUGAUGGUAAAUGCCAAUGCCAGGAAGGCAAGGGUCUUGUGUUGUGGGAGGGAAGGUGCAAGUGUCCCAGUGGUUCGAAAUGGCAGGGAAGAAAAUGCGUCUGUCCGGAUAGGCAGGAGCCCUGGGGGACAAAAUGCGUGCCUAAAUGCCCUCCUCCUCAGGUAAGUGGGAACGUUGCUGGAUGUAAAAGCUACUGU